AUUCACAGAUCAGUUCAUAGUGUUUAUAUCCCCAGGAAGGUGCUGGAGGAAGUAGCCAACACAUCAUAAAACACACAACGGAACAUUUGUGUUUGCUCUGUAGCACACGAUGGCGUCAGCGGUUGAGAUCAGAAACCUGACGCAGGAGUGGAUGGCGAGCGUGCGGAGGUGGCACUUGGACUACUUCCUCAUCCCUCCCACAGUCAUCACUCUGGCCACGCUGGUGGUCAACUGCGUCCUCCUGACGUGCAUCUUCCUGUCGCGGGCCCUGCGCCGGGAGACGCGCUACCUGCUGGUGGCCAACACGCUGGCGGCGGACACGCUCUACCUGGUCCUGAACCUGAGCACGGCGGUGUGCAACGCCGUGCGAGCCGCCGUGCCCUGGCUGGCCUGCGAGCUGCUCACGGCUCUCACGGUCACCGCCGCCUCCUGUGCCAUUUUCACCGUCACCCUCAUGGUGGUGGACACGUACGCCGCGGUGCGCUGGCCUCUUCGCUACCAUGACGUCCUCCCCCCCGCCCGCACCCACUGCAUCCUGCUGGGGGCGUGGGCGCUCGCGGCCGCGUACCCUUUCACCCUGGUGAUCACGAUGGAGGCGCAGAGGGACAACCCCCAUGAGAAGGUGCCCCUCUGUCUGGUCCUCAUCUCCCUCGGCUUCAUUCAGAUCCAGAACACGAUGGCGAUCCACAUCUAUUUCCUCGUGGCGGCGUUCACCUGCACCCUGCUCAUAUUCUACUGCUACGUUCGGCUCUACAUGGUAACAAAGACCCAGGGCAUCUGGCAGAGCCGCUACUCCAGGGCCCGGGUCACGCUGCGGGCCCAUGCCGUGCUGCUCCUGCUCUACUUUGCGCCCGGCUUCGUCUUCAGCCUGGAGCUCUCCAUGUUCCACAGGGCAGACAUCGACCAGGACGUGCUCGUGUGGCUCAGCACCGCGAAUAUGUGUCUUUUCAUGAUGCUGCCCAGGGCGUGCGCUCCUUACCUGUAUGGGCUGAGAUACAGAGAGAUCUCUGACUCCGUGAUCCAGCUGCUGCAUGUGAAGAGGAGGCUCGGCCAGAUCACAGUGUCAUAAAUAACUCAUCACAAAUGUUUACUUAUACUCUCCUCUGAUUAUUGAUGAAUUAUAGGAGAUUUAAUUAAAGGCAUCAGCACAGCACUAAAGACACGUGAUAAAAACACAACUACAGCGUGUUUAUUAACUGACUCCUACUCUCAAAGCAAAAUACUCCGGAAUUUAUUGACCUUUUUUACAAGGAGCUGAAUGUGUGAAUGACUUCAUAACACAUUUAUUAUUCACUAUAUGUGCUGUGAUAGAAGAUAAACCCAGAAAUUCUCACUCACAGGCUUCUCCAUCUCCAUACAUAUGAUUCAGUGCAACAGUAAGAUGUAAAUCACAUGCCUGCGGUUGCUUGUGUGUCACUUGAGUCACUAAUAUGUCUGUCAUAGACUGACGUGAUGAACAUAAUGUGUCUCAACAUCACGAACCCAUUGCUCACAUUGUAUUUUCUAAGUUAUGUUUCAGUGCUGAGGCAUCUUCAAUGAAAUCACCAUUUGAAAUAAACUAAAAAAGACAAAUACGCGUUUCAUCGU